AUGCCACACACCGAGCUCAACAGCAAGUCCGACUUCGACAAGGCUCUUGACACCAAGGGCAAGUACGUCCUCAUCUACGCGUACGAGAACUCUGUCAACCCCAAGGCCGAUGAGUAAGCCCGAAUCAGAUGAACUAAGGCCUUUGAACACUGCUGAUGGAAUCGACAGGUACGCCUCCUCGUACGCCUCCAGCACCGACGCCUACAAGGUUGAUGUUGCCAAGCACGCCGCCGCCAGGGUGAGAUCUUCCUAACAACGUGGUGUUGCGUGUCCGAUGUCUGACCCGGCUGUAGGAGUACUUCGGCGUGACGACUGUCCCAACUAUCGUUGUCUACAAGGACGGCAAGGAGGUCAAGAAGGUCGAGGGUGCCGAUCAGGCUGGCAUGGAGGAGGUCCGCAAUCUCCUCUCUUAA